ACAUCGUAUUCACGAAGGUUAGGAAGGUAUGUGUCAAGUUUUUAAUUCUCAACUUGGAGGCUUUUAAUUUUCGGUAUAAUAUAUCAUUUAUAGACCCUCCGCUCGGGGGAUUCGGCGAACUAUUACCCUCAGUGAUGAAAUAUUUCGCCGAAUCCCCCUCGCUCCAGGUCUAUAAAUGAUAAAUAAUACAUGUAUAGUCUAAUUGCCGCAAACGCUUUGUCAGUACAUUUUGAACUCAGUGCUACAGUUGUAAAAUAUGAUUAGAUAUAUAUUAUACUGAAUUUUUAACACUCUUCUGGUUCGCUAUGCUUGUAAAUGAACACAGACUAGAGAUUCAAUUCAAGAAAGUUUGGAAGAUGCCAAAUAUUAAUAACAUUCCAAUGGUCGGGUCCCGACUAUGCGCAGAACGGACUUUACAGCAUCUUUAAAAAAGAAUUUGUGAGAUCCUUCUUGUUAGCUCCAGACUUUCUCGGACUUGAUAUCCAAUCCACACUUCGUUUUCGGAUUUUGAAAUACCGUCAUUUGUAACCAUUUUUCAGAAUGGCCUGAGCGUUAGCGAAUAUAGUGGGCUUUUACCCGAGGUUGGGGGGUAUAUUUGGGGGCUUAUAUUCGGAGGUUUGUGGUAUACCUUCUCGUUAACUGUGACAAUAUGUUUUCUCGUCUAGCCAAUUGGAAUGGGCAAGUUUAUGUUCAAUCGUGGGUUUGAACAAAAAGGAUUGUAUAUGUCAGAAGAAGAUGUAAGUCUCUACAUUGGGGUGUAAUAGCGGGCAGGGACGUCGCUAUAGGGGGUGAAACUGGGAAAAAUUUGGUCAAAGUUUGGGAUAAAAGAUGGUCGAAUCUGCCGAAUGUUAUGAAAUGGUUCGUAAUUUUAACAAUAUUAAAGCUUUUGUUAUGUUUGCGUUGAAAAAAUUGGAAGCGUUGCUUAUAUUGGUCGAAAAAUUUUCGAAUUUGCUUAUGUUAGUCCGGAAAAUUUUUUUUGACUAUGCUUAUGUUAGUCCGAAAUUUUUUUGACGACCUCCCCUCCCCCCGUCGACAAGAUUUUCAGGAAAAUUUUUUAAAACUGGUCAAAAUCCUAGGAAAUGUUGGUCAAAACAUGACGACCCAAUUUUGAUGCCUUCGCGACGUCCCUGGCCGCGGGAAGACAAUUGUUGUUGGGCACAUCUCUUUAGAGACCUUAUGAUUUAGGACGGCAACGCGACGGUAACGGCUACCAAUACAAUAAAUCAUUCAAAAAAAUUGAAUAAUUACAAUAUAUGAAUAAUUUAGAGUUGUCCUUCGCUUUGUUUACAAAGCCAAAUCACAGAUUUUCACGUCUUGAUACAACGGCUGCAUUUCAACCCGUAGCAAGACCAACUUCAAACUGGGUUCAGCAUAACUCUUCCCAACCAUAAAACCCAUGAAUUUAAUACAGUCUUAGAAGUUGAAGACAUUACGAUUGAUAAUAAAAGACGAAUUAUUUUUACUACCAUUUGUUCGAAGGAGUUUGUUUUGACCGUCGUCGUCGCUUUGCCGUCCUAAAAUCGUAAGGUCUCUUUUAUGUAUAACAUUACAACUAGCGAGUUCAAAAUGAAUAUCAAUCAAGUUAAACUCACGUUUUUGGUAAUCCCAGUCAAAUAUCUUCCUUGAUGUAGGAGAAGAUCAUUGACAAUGACAUUGUGACAGUGAAGACCUUACAUUGGACAUCUCAUGGUGGUAUCAUUGAGAGUGAAACUGGACGAGAACCGUAUGAGGACAAUACUGAGCAGCCUCAAGUGACGAAUGCUCCUUCUUCAAAUUUGUGAAGUUCGUGUAAUUUAUUUUAAUUAUGUUUCAUGCAUAAAUGUUGUUUAUAACUUGAACUAUAGCUUAGGUGCAUGGACUUAAUUUGACAGCCAGUCAGCUUGUCUUUUUUCCGAUGAAAAUACCUGCUUGGCUGAGUGGAAUUUUGCAUUUUUAAAAUUCUGGAUCUCUGUUUUCAAGAUCUUAAGAUUAGAAGGUUAUUAUAAAAGAUUGUGUAAUGAAUCGAAUUCGGUAAGCAGAUUAUAAUUUUAACACAACAUCGGUAAUUUACUAGGCGGAAAACAAAAUGCGUUAUCAAUCCAAACACCACACAAAAAGAACGCCCCUCCCCUAAAUACGUCAGCAUUAGUUCAAAACAAAUCAGUCCCUGAUAAUCACAGCUAGCAGUGAUUAGACCUAUGGUGCAUGAUUUGCUAAAUUAAUUUGGUUGAAGAAUUGGGUCACUCAUGCUUGAGAGAAUGACUUAACCUCCAUUGAAUACAAAAAUACCUAAUUGCAAAAACACAACAGUAAUGUUUAAAUAAUAAUUUAACCACCA